UUUCACGCUCCCGUCCCGAUAGCGUUCGUCCGCGUUCGGUCGAUGGUUAAAUAGUUAAAUAGCUCAACGUCGUUACCGUGAACAGAGAGAACAGUUCGUUGCAGUUCGUGAACACAGAGACGCGUUCGGGUCCAUUUUAUAGAACAGAACCGAGGAGUGAACCGCCUGACUUCCGGUCUGUCCGCCUGUUUGUUGUCGGAGCUAAUGCUAACAGGUUAGCCUAGCUGCUAACAGGCUAGCCUAGCUGCUAUCCACAGGUUCGGCUGAAGAAGCAGGAAGGAGGCGUUGGACGUUCGGCCUGAGAGCUCCAGCUGCUCCUUCGAACAUUUAUCCGGACCAGCAGAACCCGUCCAGUACCGAGAAUACUACAAAAAGGACCGACAUUUGAACCAACCAGAGUCCAAACAUGUCAAAGGCUCCAGAUUCUCCAUCACGCCCCCGAUCCAGAACCAGAUCUAGAUCCUACUCCAGGUCCCGGUCUAGGAGUGUCUCCCGUUCCAGAUCCAGGAAACGUCACUACAGCUCCAGGUCUCGGUCCCGGUCCCGCUCUCACUCUCCGUCCUACAGGAACUAUCCCUCUCGGGACUAUCAGAGCAACAGAAGAGGCUACAGGGGCUACAACCGGGGCUACCGUAGGCCCUACCAGUACCGGGGCCGGAGCCGGGGCUACUACCCCCGUGGCCAUUACCAGAACCGAGGGGGAGGAGGGGGCUACGGCUACAAGUCCAACUGGCAGGGUGGGGGAGGGGGCUGGCACGAUCGCCAGGAACACUACAGUCCCAGGAGGGGGCACUCUCGCUCCCGCACGCCCAGGAAACGCUCGGGCAGCCGGAGCCGCUCCCGCUACUCAGACCGCUCCUCGUCAGGCCGGUCCCGCCGGUCCAGGCGCUCCAGCUACUCCUCGCGGUCCCGUUCCCGGUCCUCGUCCCCGCGGCGCCGCAACAACAAGGCUCGGCCCGGGUCCAAGGAGUCCAAAGACAAGCAGUCCGAGAGUCCGGCAGAGAAGUCCACUCAGCCCGCAGAGGGAACCGUCAUCGAGAAGGCGUCUGGAGGGAAGUGGAUCGACUACGACACCAGCCCCAAACGAAGUAGCCCCGACAUCAAGACAGAAGAUGUUCCUGACACCAAAGGGUCCGGCAGCACCGGCCCCCUCUGGAAGACUGUCGGAUCAACGUCCCCCCCUGCAAAGAGCCCCACCAAGUCUGGACAGACGGCCUCUUUCAGCGGCUUCGGCUUCUUCACAAAGGAAGAAGCCAAGUCUGGAGAUAAUGUUGGGAUUUCUGCUGCCUUCAAAAAGUUCAUGGCUGAGAAUAAAAACAAGAAGCAGGCGUCAGAGAAGGAGCAGGCUGCAGACAGAGAUUCUGAGAAGACCUCCAAGACCUUGGAGCUCUUCAGCAUGUCUGCAGCUUCAUACUCUGAGUCCAAAGACGAGAAGGUCCUGCCUUUCUUCAACCCCCUGGAGGAGGAGUUCCUCCAGGCGCAGGGCCUGAAGGACAGGGUCAUCGAUGAGGAGCCCGAUGUCAAACCCACCCUCUCAGCCCGGGACAUCUUUGGAAAGUGGGGCGACGAGCCCAGCUACUCCACGUCUUACCCCUCUGUGAAGGAGAAAGGCCGCAGGGACGCCGAGGACGAAGACAAUGAAGACAACAUGGAGGAAGAGCUGUACCGGAGCCGCAAGCAUGCGUCCAAGAAAGAGGAGAAAUCCAAGAAGAAGGAGAAGAAGGAGAAGUCCAAGAGGAGCGCGUCUCCUUCCACAUCCUCCAGAGAGAAGGAGCGUCCUCUGUUCCCUGGAGCCUUUCCUCCUCGUGACGCGUCUCCUGUCCGCCUGUCAGUCUCCAGGGAGGACUUCGAGCUCAAAAUCGGCUCCUUAGAUGAGGUGCCCGGGAGAAUCGAUGUCUCCCCCAGUGCCUUUAAGAGGCACCCCCCCGCGUUUGAGGAUUUGGACGAGACGAGCUACAAGGACCCCAGUAAAAAGUUCAAAGGGGACGUGCUGGACCUGCGCCUGGAUAUAGAAAGAAGGAAGAGGUUCGCAGGGAAGGAGCGCCCCGGGGGCUCCCGAGGACCCAGCAGGGACAGGUCCUCUGACAAAUCUGGGAAACACCACAAGAAGUCCAAGAAGGGGAAGAAGAAGAGGGACCGCUCUCAGUCCUCCUCUUCCUCCUCCUCCUCCCCCUCCCCCUACCCUCCCCCCUUCAGAGGGAAGGAGUACAUGGGGGAGGGGAUGGAGCCCUCAGAGGAGGGCUACAGCCACCCCCGCUACCCCCCACGGGACUACAGCGGCCCCGGGGACCGGGGGCCCCGAGACUACGAGGGCCACGGAGCAGAGAGAGGAAGAGGCCGAGGCUUUUUUCCCAGGAUGAGAGGAAGAGGAUGGAACAGAGGAAAUUAUCCUGGAAACAGCAACGGAAACCCACCUAACCCUAACCCACCUGCCCGCCCCCAGGAAGAGGACUGGGACCCCGAGUACACCCCCAAGAGCAGGAAGUACUACCUG